AUGAAGAAGUGGAGCCUGGGGAGAGCAAGCGACGAGAUCAACAGAUUGAUACCGAGCAAAGAGAAGACUGGGAUCCAAAGCCGAGAUCUAAAACAGGAUAGCGAAAGUGAGCAUCUCAAGAUGGAUGAAGCAACUGUUAAGAAUCCGACAUUGGUGGAGAGGAUCACAGCCAAGAUUCGAAGUUAUACGUCGCACCGACUUUUUGUAAGCGCGGAAGAGCGGGGUCGCAGAUCUCUCAAGGUAGGGAGUAGCCACCUCCAGGUUAGACAAAGUCGAGGCACCAUUCACGCCCUUUUGACGCCCUUGUCUAAAACGACAUCGACAUGUCUAAAACAAGUCCACAGGAUCCCAAAAAAUAUAUAA